AUGCAUUGUGCCCUCAUUUCUAAGAAGAAAUGCCAAGGGAAGGCAAAGAUAAAACUAGAGAGGCUGGUUAUGACAAAUUCAACACUGAAGGGGCUGGGAAAAUCCCGUGGCAGCUUCAAAUUUCAGGCAAGCAAGCUCUCCAGUGCCUUCCUCCUGAAGCCAGGCAGUUUCACCGGUCCUCCAGCAAUUGACUUGAAUCGGUAAGGAAGCACUCUGUUGGCAGUAUGUGGACCGGUUGAGUUGAAAGAUGAGUUGCUAGGCUUACUAUGCAAAGUCAGUUGGGGUAGUCACUCCCAAGAGAUCCUAUGAUCACAAUGCAUGCGUGGGCGACUUUUGAGUAGAUUUAUCACAUGCUAGGCCAUCAAGGGAACCUAACCACGACUUCUGCUGCUAAAGCAUCCAGGAUCUGCCUUCUCAUGCAUCUCAAAUGCUCUGUCUUGAUGAUGUUAAAGGAUUCUUCCUCAGUUACUAGGAUUCUGCAGAAUGAUCGUUGGACUUGGAUUAAAAUGUUAGACUAUGAAGAUUAAGGAAAUCAUACACAUUCAUAUAUCAUAAAAAUUAGUCGAAGUUUGUGGAUGCUAUCACUUGUUAUUUAAGUUGUCUUUAUUUCUCACUUGGUUUUUGUUAUUCUUAUCUUUGCAAUGUUGUUGCCACACUGUUUUCUCUAAGAAG